AUGGAGGACGACGUUGAAGAGUUCGUUUUUAUCCCACCUCCAGAGGCCCCAGUCUUUGAACCUACUGAAGAGGAAUUCCAGGACCCUCUGGCAUAUAUUGCAAAGAUAAGGCCUUAUGCCGAGAAAACUGGCAUUUGCAAGAUUCGACCUCCCCCGGUUAGAAAUCUUUUUUUUUUCGCGUAGAAAAGUCUUUAUUUUCUGAUGUGAUGGCAUCCAUUUAGCUAUCAAAGGGGUACUAACUCUUACGUGUAAUCCUAGGAUUGGCAGCCCCCGUUUUCAGUAGACGUGGAAAGUUUUAGAUUCACACCAAGGAUACAGCGUCUGAAUGAGCUAGAGGUAAUAUAAAAUUGUUCGUCUUUUUUCAAGAAAUCCGUUGAGUAUCACAUGUAAUAACAAACCGAAAUUUGCUCCGAAGAGCACAAAAAGUGGCUCGCAUAGAUCUCUGAUUCAUACUCUUACGUCUAAAAAAGUUAAACGCUGUUUUAUUUGUCAAGAAAGUUCUAAGUUUUGCCUGUAAACUAUGUAUAGUGAUUGUAGCCAACAUGUGUCCCUCCCAUUAAAAUUCUCUUUUUGCUUCAACUGCUCCUCGUUAACAGCUCUUCCUUUUUUAUCCAGGCAAGAACGAGGGUGAAACUAAACUUUUUAGACAGCCUUGCCAAAUUCUGGGAACUUCAGGUAAAUAUUGUUUGUCUAAACGUCUUCCCUGUUGGGUAAAUGUUCACUAUGUUGAAACCUUAACUCGAUGGCAGCCAUAUUGGUUUCGUCAUGUUUACUUCGCAUUUGUUAUUCUGAAAAAAAAUUCUCCUCACUCUAACUGGUUUCGUCGUUGGAUGGCUCAUUUUUCAGGGAACAUCCUUUAAGAUUCCAACAGUUGAAAGAAAAUCAUUGGACUUAUUUCGUCUUUAUAAGGUAAGAGAAACCAGGGACAUUUCUUCAUGAAAAUUGAAAAGUCUCUGUUACUGAAUGCAACGUGGACUUUCAAUUACGUCCGUACAUUUGUUAAGCACCACUCCCUUCGUUCCAGGAAGGACUUACCUUCCAUUACCAGGCAAAUGAUUGGAUAAAGAACUCUUAUUGCUAGUAUCCAUUUUGGUGUGCAUCUUUCACAUCGAAAUAUUCCUCUUUAACAGUAUUCAUGGCAACAUUUCUUUGUGUCCUUCGGAAGAAUGAAGCUUUGUGCUUACCCUUGUUUUAUAGAGGGUGUGUUUUGAGAAUUGAAAGUGAACUUCCAGUAUUUCUUAUGUAAAAUGUUACCUAAAAUGGCGUUUUUCCAGUGCCCUUUCACUUCAAGGCAAACAGCUGUUUGAAUUUAGGAGCAAAAUAGGAAAUGCAAGCAGGCACUUGUGAUCUUUAAAUAGUUCCUUGUACAAGGUGUAAACAGAAUCAUAUUAAACCUUUAGUUAAUUCUUGUAUGCCAUCUACAUCUUAUGGUGUGCUGAUGGGCCAAAUGUGGGUGUGUGAAUACUUGAAAUAUUCUCUAGAAAUAGCUUGUUCGUGCACAGAUCUCUAUCCCUGGUUAAAAUACAAGACUUAGAUUGUUGUGUGUGGCCCACAAGCCUUUAGUCCUUGUGGAAGCGUCUUUUCUGUGUAUUCUUAUUUUCAAAUACAACCAACAAAUGUACCCAUAAAGAUCUAAGAACCUUGUACAUAUUUUUGCUGGAUCUAAAAGAUUUGUAGACCACUUACUUAGACAUAUUUAUCUAAAGUCUACGAUUGAAAACGGAAGAGUUAUAUUAUUUUAUUAUGGAUAAAGUAGGGUUGAAACAUGCUUUUGCAACAUAUUUUUAGUACUGUAUUUGUUGCUUCAAGCUAUCAAAAGAAUUAUGUUUUUGAUGCAAAUGACAAUCUCUGUGGUUGUCCCCUGCAAAUGUGGGCUGCCACUUGCCUUUUGUCUUGAAGUGGCAGCUUUUAUUUGCCUGUUGUAACCAAAAUAUUAGUAAUAUUUUUACUUGCCUCCUUCACUUAACAUUAUGUUAUAGUCUUGUUACCACUUAAGCCACAAAGUCAUUUUAUUGAAGGGAUGCAAAACUUUUUCCCUUGGAUCUGUUUUCAACUGUUUUUUUCUGCAGACAUCUGUAAACUAUCAUCAUUGAAUGAGUAAACACAAAUAGACAUUGCUGAAGGCAAGGUCCAUUUGGAGGAGUAAAAUAUACAUAGCCUGCAUGCGACAGGAACUAUUACAGAGUGCGAAUUGUUUUCUGUUCUAAAAUCUAGGAUAUUUAGCGGUACAUUGGAUUUCACACUAGUACAAAAAGUUCUCUUGUCUAAUACACAGUAAGGGUACUGGUCUAACUUACUAUACCAAAUCUUCUCUAUUUAUUAAUUUUUGGCCAUUUUUUGUCAGACUGUGAAUCAGGAAGGAGGUUUUGAGUAUAUAACAAGGAAGAAGAAAUGGUCCAUUGUUGCUCGGAAGGUAUAUUUACCAUUGUGUCUUCUAUCUUUUGGGCCUAUGCAAGCUGCGUCAUAACACACAUAAAGAAGAGAGUCGUCUCAAAUUAUUCUGUUCUGCCAUGGUCUAUGCUGGCAAUGUUAAAAUAAGUAGCAACAGCCUUGUAAGUUGGGAAUACAAAACAAGACUUAGUGUACUAAAUAACAGUAGCUUCUUGGUUAUAAACUGAAAGCAACUACAGCUGUAUAGCAUUUUUGGAUAAACAGUUAAAAAUCCUUAAAGUUGAGGUAAUCUUCCUGAAAAAAAAUGCCCAACUUGACAAGCCACUUUAAAGGUUCUCCUAAUGGUAAAACCAUGAACAAAAUUGUCAACCAUUUCAUAAGCUCCUCCUUUCUGAAAUUGUCAAAAGGCAUGUUAUCUAGCCUGUUGCACGAUGAGUCCAUGACAUCCUUAUGGUUGAUGUUGUAAUCUGCUGCUUAUAAUGUUAAUUAGUUAAGUCUUAAAAGUGAAGUUGUAGCUCAGAUCUCUAGUUUUUAGUCCCAAAGGAAAUAUGUAUCUUAUCAUCAACAUUGUACAACAAGGUGAGGCCAGGUUUGGGUACCUAAAGAAAGCCUGAUUUUUCUAGGUGGGAAUCAAAUUCUCUGAACAUCUGUAUUUCUAAUAGAGUUCUUCAGUUUUAGUCAGUAUUUUGUUAAGCCAGUAUUUAUCCUAGUUUAGUUCAGAUUUUCUUUUGUUUCAUGGCAAGGAAAAUACUGGUUUAACCUAAGAAUGGAAUCUACAUACAGCAUAGCAUAUCCAAUCCUCUUAACAUGUUUUUUUUUUCUAAUUUCCUUUACAGAUGGGUUAUCAAGUUGGCAAAUCUGCUCCAUCUUUAUUACGGAUGAACUAUGAGAAGUAUCUGUACCCUUAUGACAUCUUCCAAGCAGGAGCCUUCACUGGUGAUCCCCAGCCAGGGGUUAGUAAACAACAUUAAAUCAGAGAAAUUAGAGAAAUUUUGUCUAAUUUCUCUGAUUAUUUACAACUUAUUCUCCGUAUUGUUCGUCCAAGUCUGAUGACGAGAAUUGUGUCAUUCCAGAAAAUGUCUAUACUCCUGCCCACGGAUGGUUUUUCAGAUUAGACCCCACCCCCCAUCUCCUUGGAAUUUCCGUCCAGGAGGGGUCUUAUAUAACCCCCCCUGGAAUUUCCUAUUUUCCUUUUAGUGGCCUUUAGAAAUUCAUAGUAUUUAUAAUAUUAGUGACUGUUUACCGCUUAAAAAUCACUGUUCACAUCUUUACACACACCUCUUUUUAUUAUCCCUGAUACAUUUUCUUUGUUUUUUAAGACAAUAUUUCUAAAAUACAUUUUGCACUCUCGAUUAAUUUCAUUUCAGCAAAGACGUAUUCAACAACUUGCAAACCAACAGUUGUUUCGGCAAUGCCAAGAAACACCCACAACUUCCAAUCAUUUAUUUACAUAAGACUACAUGUACAUAUAUCAAUAAAAAAUGUAACUACUUUUGUGCAUGAAUAAAACUAAAAUUACAGACACAGUUUAUCAGUAAAUCUUUGGCCUUUGAUGUGGUAUCAAAGUAAAAUCUUUUAAUUAACAACUUGUCUAAGAUAUAACAAACAUUUUAAAAUGAUUAGAAUGAAAAGUUGUUUGGAACUGUAAGGACUCGUGUAUAAUCCUUUCUGUGACAAUGUGCAAUGUAUACAUCAUAUAUAGUGGUAUGGAGUGACCCCUUGUUUUCAAAAUGACUCCAUCAUCUGUGGUGGAAAAGUCACAAGAAAUUUGUAGUCCUUCCAAGAAGUUGGUGCAUUUGAAAUUCUCAGUAAUUUAAUGUUUGAUUGAAACAGUGAGAAUUAUUGCAGACGUACAAGUCCAAGUAAAGCUUGAGGGAUUAUUUUUUGGUUAUGGAAAUGCUUAUCAUAAAAAAUGUGUCUCAUUGUCAUUGAAUUAUACAUGUACGAUGUUCAUCGAAAAUAUCUCAUGAUAUCACUACUACAGUACUUUUACUUUAAAGACUUUAAUACCCUAAACAGUCCUAUAAGACUUUCUUAUUACAGGUUGGGAUUGGGAAGAUUAAAAAAAAAAAAAAUGGGGGGGGGGGCGACCCCAAAAAAAUUUAGAAGGGUUUGUAUGGAGGUUUCUAAGCAUAACUGGGCUACGAUCUCAGAGACAAUUCACCCUGAAAUGCUCAUUUUUGGCAAGUAGGCCUCUUGGACAUUGUUCUUUCAGAAUAUCCUGACAAAUCCCAUAAUUUCAGAAAUUUCAUUUUUAUGACGUCACACUUUGGUACUUUAUUUUUGGAGGGAAAAGGAGAAGUGUUGAGAAUUUGAUGAAGAUGCAGUCAGUAGCCAUAAAGGAAAUGAUUUAUUAAAUACAGUUUUCUUUAUAAAUUCUUGAAGGUCUAAAAACGUAGUAAUCUUCUCUGCAUCCUGCUCUGUUGUUUCAGAAUCUAAACCCAGUCAGAGGUUAAUAUUUCAUAUUGUCUUAUCAGAAUGAAGAUACAAAGAAAGAGGAAAAAGAUAGGGACUUCAUUUCAAAUGCACCAAACACCAAUUACCAGAUGUCACGGAGGUCAAAAAAAGCUACUGCCGAGGAGGUAAAAAGGCUUAUUUUUUUAAAAAAUACACCACAAAUACUUUUUGUAAAAUACACCACAAAAUGAUAUUGGAUGUUCCACCUUCAUGUGAUUUUCCUUAUGUUAAGCCUCUAAGUGAAAAUCAAGCAAUGCCUAUUAAGCUUGCUAGUGAGAAGUAAAGCUUUAAGUCCUACAAGUUCUAUAUGGAUUGAGUGAGAGCUGGGAUGGUGCGCUGGUGGGAUCACUUUCCCCCCACCAGUGUGUCUUAGGGUUGAGUCCCAGCGCGGCCACCAUAUCAGGGUUGAGUUCAUUGUAGGCUCUUUUUUCUGCUCCAAGAGGUUUUCUCCAGGUACUUUGGUUUUCCCCUUUCAUCAAAAGCCAACAUUUCCAAGUUUCAAUUUGAUCUGGACAAAGUCUUAUUCAUUCUUGUGUGUUUCUUCAGCUUAAUUCAAUAGACUUUGAAAACAACCCAGAACUGAAGAAGUUACAGUUCCUUGCUCCUGGUCCUAAAAUGGCUGGGUUGACUAAGGGCACUUUGCAACCUAAAAAGGAAUUUAACAUAAAGCAAGGUAAGAUAUGAAAAUAGUCACUUACUACCAAGUAGUCGUCACAAUAACAAUACUUUCACAAAACAUUCCAGGAACAAAAAACCAGUCUGUAAGAGUCAGUGGUUUGUACUUAUCAGGUCUAAUCCCUUCAAACUGGUGGUCAAACUCAAACCGAUAACAACUAUUUUGGUGAAGUUUCCUUGAUGGUUCACAGUGCACUAAGCAAUCAGGAACAAGGAAAUCACGAUAGAUAAGCACUUAUAAUGGCUAUAAAAUGUGUAAGUAAAAGGGAGCAAGAUUGUCCAGAUUAAUCAAUUUUUACCUUCGGAGCAUUCUUGUGAUCAACUCAAGGAUGAAGUUACAAAAUAGAAGCCAAGGUCUUUUUGUGAGAUUUCUUAGUAGUUAUAUAAUGCAUGAGAACUGAGGUAAUUGAGCAAAAUCACGCCAUUGCAGUAUUAUCAGAAACCCUGCAGCUGUUUUCACUUAAUAAGUAUGCUUUGGGAUCCUGGUGAAAAACAUUUACCGUCUUUAUUUAUUUGCAGUAUUUGUUUGUUCACUUACUCUUUCAGUAUGCAUUGCACUACGUUUAAUUUACUACACAAUUAUUAUUUACGAGCAGAACUUGAAGAUAGCCCAGUCAAAAUGGAAUUCAGUGAGGAUGUCAAACCAAAAGCUAAGACACCAGACAAGACUUCACCUUCUCCCUCUAAACAAAAAAGACUUAAGCAAGCUCUCAAGCUUAAAUUUGAAAGUGUACUACAGAAGGAACAGUGCGAGAUGAGUAGAAGAAGACCAGUGAGAAUGGCCAGCAGAAAGAAUUAUUACCCAAAAAUUGUCCUGGUAAAUGUGAAUGUCAUUAUUCCUACAAAGGGUAGCCAUACAAAAUCUGUUCAUCCAAAAAAACCACCCAUGCCUCUCUCAUCAUUAUUUUCUUAUUUCAAAAGUCACUGGUGGUUCAGACUUGGAGGGCUGCUUAUAGUCAGCUUAUAGUUAAAAGUGUUAACCUUGAUGGUUAACAUUACUUUGAGACUCAUUCCCCCUUGUAAUUAUUGUUUAUUUGUGGUUGGGUAAAAGUUGGUUGUCUUAUUGCAUUUGCUUUUGUCAUGAUUUCAAAGUAAAGAAAUGCAAACUCUUUGAUCUAUUUCUGUCAAUAACUUGCAAGAAAAAAAAUUGGAAAAUUACCCCCACAGUACCCUGUCCAGGGUAGAGCAGAAAUGUUGUCCUCAUACAGCGUGUCUCAAACUUUGUAUCUCUGCUUUAAUAUCUUGUUCAUUUUACCCAACAGGAUGAAUAUUUAUGUCAAGUAUGCAGCAAAGGUGAUUCUGAGGAAAGCAUGUUACUUUGUGAUGGCUGUGAUGACAGCUAUCAUACUUACUGUUUGAUUCCGCCAUUAGCUUCUGUCCCUCGGGGAGACUGGAGGUGUCCAAGAUGUGUUGCUGAGGUUAGCAAUAAGCUUAUUAGUAUUACAUUUAUUUGAACAUUAGUUUCUUACCACUGCCUAGUUCUUGUGUUUUCUUAAGUUCACUUGCAUGCACUUGCAUAAAUGUUAUCUUUGUCAAAUUUGUGUUUUACUCUUCAUGUAUUUGCAUUAAGGCACUUCUGAAGUUGAGUGGUGGUUUUAUUUUGUAAUAAUUUUGUAGAGGCUGUUCAUACUAAUAAAAACUCCCAGCAUAUUUACACUACUUUGGAACUCAAGAAAGAAAUAGUCAACAUUUGACUUUCCCUCUGAAGAAAUUUUAUUUAUUGAUCCAUGAGUUAGAACCUUCAAGCCUGUGUCCUUAAAUCUUGAGUUGAUAGAUUAAAACUAGCAGUAGCCGUUGGCUAUGAAAUGCGGGCGAAACUGCUUUCAUAUGAAUGUGAAUGCCCUUUUAUAAGAGUUAUAGUGUCAAUAAAGGAAAUCACUGUGGAUCAUGAAAACUGGAUUGAACAACACAGUAAACAAGACUCAUAUGUAAUUCAGUGAUUUUAUUCACAGUUGCUUAGAUACAAUUAGCCUGCAAAUGGUGAGGAGUGAGGAGAGACGGUUGUAUUUGCCAGCAAAGAUACAUUGAAACAGUAAUGCGUGACACAAGUAAUGCGUGUAUCCAGUCAUGCACGAAGUCUCCCAUUUAGUACAGUACUUUUUAACCUGAAUUAAGUCUGCUAGUGAGUCAGUUGUAAUAAUGACUGUUGCAUUACAUGCAUAUGCAUUCACAUGUUUACUGUGACAUCAGCCUUAGCAUCAGACGGACUGUAAACUCAACACCAGGGCCUUCGCGGCCACAUACCAUGCAUAUUAGUUGGUAUAACAUUGGAAUUCCAAGAAUGUGAACAGAUUUGGGGAAAAUCUCGCUAGACAGUUAAAAGUGUGCCACUGACCAACUAAAAGGUGGCAGGCUCCUUCAUCACCUGCAAUAAAUCUUUUAUUCAACUUUCCUUGAAUUGUGUGAAGUUAGUUGUAAAUUAUUACAAUAGUGCAUGUUUUGAUGAAAGUAAUUUUUUGUCUGUCUGCAGGAGUGUAAUAAACCUGUAGAAGCCUUUGGAUUUGAACAAGCUAAGAGAGAAUACACACUUCAGUCAUUUGGAGAAAUGGCUGAUAACUUCAAAAGAGAAUACUUUAAACUGCCACCAGAGCAGGUGCCCACUGAUGUUGUAGAGAAAGAGUUCUGGAGACUUGUUUCAUCAACAGAUGAAGACGUGACUGUGGAGUAUGGUGCUGAUCUGCACACAUCUGUUCAUGGAAGUGGAUUUCCAUACAAAUAUAAUGCUGUAACCAGUGAGGAGGAGGUGAAUUAUGAAGCUUCAGUGGUUCUUAAUGGCAGAUUUUCAUUGGGCAGUCAAGUUCUGUCAGUUUUAUAUUCUGCUUUUCUGGAUUAAAUUUCAGUUUGUUAAUGGAGGAGGCUGGUGUUAAUGUUAAAACAUGUUAUUGUUGUCAUUCAGUGAGUUAUGUCUAAAAAUACACACGAACGAUAUUCAAUUUAAUCCUCUUAAUGAUAGACAUCACAAAGUGCUCUUAUUUAGCCCCAAUUGCCCAACAUGAACUCCAAUGGAAAUAUAUACACAAUUUUGUGUAAUGGCUGAAGAAGUAGCUAAGGUCCAAGUUAUUUUCAUUUCUAGAGAUAAGCCUGUUUAUGUUUUUUUAUUUCUGUUUUAUCUGUCCUUGUAGUAUUAUGCCAAGUCAGGUUGGAAUCUCAAUAAUCUUGCAAAUCUGGAAAAAUCAGUGUUGUCACACAUCAGUGCUGAUAUAUCAGGAAUGAAGGUUUGUUGUUAUAAUUAGCUCUGACCCUCUAUUUCUGUGUUCAGUUCAUGUCCUUGGGUAGUUAAGCGAAAAAUAAACUAUACUUCCUUUUCCCUCGCCCCAACAACAGUCAUUGGGGUAGCUUUUUUAUGUUAACUUUGAUUUUCUUUUGCAGGUUCCUUGGAUAUAUGUGGGAAUGUGUUUCAGCAGUUUUUGUUGGCACAAUGAAGAUCACUGGAGCUAUUCAAUUAACUACAUGCAUUGGUUAGCAAAUUUUUUUUUAUUUCUACCCCAAAACCCAGGGCACAAAGCAAACUAGAUACCAUAAUAAUAUGCACAAGCAGUUUUUUUAGUGUCUGGUUCAUUCCCCCAGGUAACUUAAAAUUCAUUGUAUUGCACUGCACUUUUUGCAAACUUUGAAGGGAUUUUGGGUUUUUCUGUUUAGUCAAUGGUUUGAGUGGGGGUGGGGUUAAUGGAAAUCACAAUGCAAGGCACUCGCCCAGCUUGGCACACAAAAACAAAACUGAGAAUGAUUUUUGACUUCUAAAGAAUAGCAAAAGAAAUCACAAUGAAGAGUGGAAUUCUUGUUGAGGGAAGGAGGCAGACAUUGCUUUACUCUUGCAAGUGACAAGAAUAAGAAAGAUCAGAAAGAUCUUCGAAGCAAACUAGUCGAUUAUUGCCCGAAACAAGACGAUCCUUGGCAACAAACCUUGAAACACAGAAACAAAAAAAUGGAUAGAAAUCUACCAACCACAAAUCAGAAACCAUGACUUUUUGAUCUUGUUCAAGUAAACAAUGUGUUUCCUAAGAGGUCCGCUAAGAUGAUUGAAGAAGCCGAAAUUCCUUUGAUGUUUGCAAAACACCCAUCAUGAUACAAUGAAUUUGGCAGUAAAACUAGAAGUUGUGUCACAUGUAACUGCUGUGUUUUGCAGGGGUGAACCAAAGACAUGGUACGGUGUGCCAGGAGACUGUGCUGAAGAUUUUGAGCACUCUAUGAAAGAAUCCGCCCCAGAGUUGUUUGAAGCACAGCCUGAUCUUCUUCAUCAACUUGUCACUAUUAUUAAUCCUAAUGCACUCACAGCCAAGGGAGUUCCUGUGGUCAGAACUAAUCAGUAUGCGGGCGAGUUUAUUGUUACGUUUCCUCGAGCAUAUCAUGCUGGAUUUAAUCAGGGUCUGAAUUUAGCUGAAGCUGUCAAUUUUGCCACUGCUGAUUGGGUAUGUUGUCUUAUUCUUGAUACUUUAUUACUUGCAUGCACUGUAAAGAUAUGUUAAGGUGAUGACCACUGGUAACUUUGAUAAAACAAUUCUCAGACUACAUAUACCAGAGGCUUCAAUAAACUGGCAGCUAACAGCUGCCUUUUGGAUCUCUUUCUUUGAUCUAUUAAGAUUUUAUGGGUAGGUUUGUAAAAAAAGUUGUUCUUUGGUUAGUAAAAAACACCAUAUUUAAACAGUUAUUUCUGAGCUUCUAGCUUUCACUUUUUUUCCAGGGGAGCACCCCCAUACUUCCAAGAGGAAAGGGACCUUGCAACCCCUUUCUUGGUCACGGCCACCUAUUCCACCAUCGGUCGGCAAUCACCUAUGGAAAAGUAAUUGAAAACCUGGGACUACCUGCCUCUCCCCCUUCUUCCUACCCAUCCCCCCCCAGCCCACACACACACACACACACACCUGCAAAGAAAGAGGAAAUUGCUUUAACAAAUCUCUUGCAUACGGCCAAUUGACUUUAUCCUACUUAUACAAACUAACAACAGUUUCCUUUACUUCCCUCUUUGCUUCUUGCUUUGCUCCCCUGUAACAAAAAAAGGAAUUGCUCUCUUGAAUUCUAUCACUGAGGCUAAUUGAAGUGGUUUGUGUAAUGUGGACUUAAGCUGUGAUGUGGAAGGUUGUAAUGUCACAUUUGUUCCUUUACGGAGAAUCUAGCUUUUCGCUGAUAAUAUUGUUUUAAUUUCCAGGCACCAAUUCAUUUUGUCUUAUCAACUCAGUUUUGUCUCAUUACCUUACAAACACAGCACCAAAAUUAUUAUUUAUACACUUACAUUUUCUUGUUGUCCAUUUAAAAACUUAUUACACCUGCUUUUUUUAUUUACGUGUAAUUAUUAAAAAUUCAUUUGAAUGUUUUUUUAGCUGCCUAUGGGUCGUCACUGUAUUCAACACUACCGAGAGAUGGCUAGAAACCCAGUUUUCUCUCAUGAGGAGUUGGUUUGUAAGAUGGCUGCAGAUCCAGAUGGUUUAGAUCUGGACCUUGCCAAAGCAGUCUAUGAUGAAAUGCUUGCAAUUGUGGAAAAGGAAGCUAAUAGAAGGCAUCGCUUGGCAAAAAUGGUAAGCUGUGAAUGCUAAGUGGUUUAUUAGAGGAUUUUUUUUAAUCAUCUUGCAAAUGGAUUAGCAACAAAACAAAAGUAGAGAGCUUGGCAAAUUAAGCACUGUUUGCGUGUCAAUAGUUUCUUUAAUGACCCAACCCUGCAAUUAUACAUUUAUGCAUUGUACUUUCUUUGAGAAAUUUGAACACAGAUCUGAAAAACUGAAAACGUCAGUGAUAAUGGGCUAAUUUUACCAGCAUUGCCACUGGUUACAUUGAGUUAUAAUUUUAGCUUAGUGUGAAGUGUGGUGCAGGGUAGGUUUUCUCACUGACUAGGUUGUGAUUGCUAAUACUAGCCAACUUUCCAUUGCCAGUUUAAUAGCCAGUUUCAUCUUGGACAGGGUAUUCCAGAGUUUGAACGAGGUGAAGCGUUUGAGCUGCUACCCGAUGAUGAGCGACAGUGCCGUGUAUGCAAAACCACAUGCUUUUUGUCAGCUGUCCAGUGUUCAUGCAGCCCUGGUAAGAUGUAGUUUGACACCACCUCACAUGGUCACCUAUGGGUUAAUUUUCCACUUCUUGUAUCUAGUUUUUGUGAUAUAUUUAACAUAUUUAAAUCUAUUUUUGUGUCCAGGUAAACUGAUAUGCAUGGACUGUGUCCCUGAACUGUGCUCUUGUGAACCGAACGAGAAAAGUUUGAGGUAUAUAAAAGUAGUUGGUAUGUUCAACAUACCUCAAAAUGUUACAUACAUUGUGAAGAGGAAAAAUCGCAAACAACUGUGAACGUUCUUAUUAAUGUAUUAUUUUUAUUUCAUUUUAGAUACAGGUACACUCUUCAAGAGUUACCUUCUAUGUUGCUACGUCUCAAGAGAAGAGCUGAUUCAUUUGACAACUGGGCCACUGAAGUCAAGAGAUCCUUAGAUCCUUCAGAUCCUAAAGUUGGUGAGUUAUUGAAGAUUUUUUUUUCAUUAAUGCUUACAGCCUACAGUGAAAAGAAAACUUUUAACAGUCUGAUUAAUGACCUUGCAUCUUGAGACCAACUUUACAGGAAUAGGCCAUUUCUAAGUUUCAAAAACCCUCAUCAAGUUGCAGCCUAGUAAAAAGCCAUUCUUCUGAAAGCAAUGCUUUACUUUUAUUUGUAUGAGAAUGAAAAUCGGACCAAUUUAGGUUUCUGAGAAACUGCCCACCUACCCCUCCCCUAACCCAACAUUUUUCCCUAAGUGAGAAGUAAGUGUUAAUGUUGACUUAGGGGAGGGGUAGGUGGGCAGUUUCCCAGAGACCUAAAUUGAUCCUAAAAAGCUAUUUUCAUAUCAAAGGCUUUGCAACUAUCCUUGAUUUAAACAGUGGCUUGGGACAACUUGGAAAUGCUGUUUAUAUCUUACUGACGUAUUAGUUGUUGUUUUUGAUUGACAGAUGUCUCAGAGCUAAAGGAUCUAGUGAGCACUGCAGAGCAGAGCCAAUUCCCUGACUGUGAUUUGUUCCAACAGCUCAAAGCUGCAGUAGCAGAAGCUGAACGCUGUGCUAGUGUUGCUCUUCAACUGGUCAGCAGGAAGCACAGAACCAGGUACAAUGAUAUUGAAGUUUGCAUGUCGUUGAAAUCCAAAUGCAAUCAAAAUUUUAAACAGGGAAGCUAUUGGAGAAAUUUUUCAGAUUCCAGGAGCUAUGAUCCUUCAAUGUAGUUAUGAACUGCAGGAACUAAGCAAUAACCCAUUGUUAGUUUUCAGCAAUGAGGAAUUUGGUGUGAUCUAUGUCAUAUCUAUCGCAGCCAUAAUUAAUAGGAUCAUAACACACUCUCAUCUCUUCUCUCCUGCAUGAGGACAGUAUCUGUUGAGGUUGGGUGCCUGGAAUAUCCAGGGGCUUCCACAAUUGGCAGCCAGCCCCUAGAUUGAAACAAUGCCCCCAUGACUAGCACAACAGUGCAACACAGCCAUGAGCCCCCACACGAAAGUAAAGGAACAGGCACCCAUCACACUGAAAACUUCAGGGGAGAAAAAAACAACAAAGCCUAGGGGGAGGAAGGGGGAAGAAAAUGGCUGAAAGAACCCAGCACAAAGGAAAGCUGAAGGUGCCAAUGCAUCAUAUGAUCAAUGUAGCCAGCUACUGGGCAUGAGCAUGCCAAAAACCGCUGACCUCAGGCACUUAAGGUGCUCUUAGUUGUUAACUUCUUUAAAUUGCAUUUAAAUGCAUCUAACUUAUCGUUAUAUGUUUGUUGUGUUUGUUUUAGGCCUCAUGGUGGUUCAGAUACUGUUCCAACCACUCGUCUGAGUCUUGAUGAGCUGCAGGGAUUUAUGCAGCAACUGCAGAACUUGCCUUGUGUUGUUAGAGAAGCUGAAUUAGUGCAAGUAAGUGACCAGUUAUUUGCUAAGAAAAAAGCAUUCAGUAAAAGCUGCUGGAAACACACUAGAGAAUUUUUUCAGAAUGUUUUGGUUUUCUAAUAACGGGUUCAUACAUGACAGAUGCCCCCAUCGCUGAUCCUUAUUUCACAGCCUUACUUUGAGUUCUGUUAAAAGUAAGUUGCAAGUUAUCCUCCUUUCUGUGAGGGUUUUUUGCUUGGGUAAUUCCAGUUUGCCAGUUUACACUCCUGUCAAAAGCCAACUCUUCCAAAUUGCAAUCUGUUCUGCAAUGCACAAACACUCGGGCUGAUUGGUUCUGAAUUGUCCCUGCAGGAGUUGAUGACACAUGUGGAGAGUUUUCAGUGUGAAGCUCAGAAGGUGAUACAGAGUGGUACAACUGACGUGACCAGACUACAGCAGCUACUGGACAAUGGCCACACUUUGGAUGUUGAUUUGCCUGAAAUACCCAAACUCAAGCAGGUAAGGACAAGUAUUUUUGUGAAAGCCCAAAUGUCUCUGCUGUUACCACAGCAGGAUUAGCUCAGUCAGUAGAGCACUUGACUGAAGAGUGCGAGUUUCCACAACCGGACCAUUACUCGGGGUUUUAAAAUAACUGAGAAGUAAAGGUACUGCCAUUGCCUUGCAAACAGUACACCUCCACGUGGCUCAGAUAACCACGUAAAAUGAUACAUUUACACUCAAAUAAUGUGCAUUUUCUUACUAGUGUACUUAAUUUUAUUUUUUUGUCUGUGUUGCAGGAACUACGCUUGGCUAAUUGGUUAGAACAGGUAGAUGUCACUCUUGCCAACACUGAAGAAGUCUCGUUUGAUACCCUACAAGAACUACUUGAAACUGGAAACUCGCUUCCUCAGAAAACAGGUAUUCAAGUUUGUCUACAGCCUUUGAAAUUAUUAUAGCAACCUUACAUUUCACGCCAUUGUGGAGUUCAAAAUCAGAAUCUUAGUUUCGUGUUUUGCCCAAUCAUCUCUUUUUCCACAGCAAUUGAGAAAGCAGUCAGCGAGCUCCGUGGUCUUGUGGCUCUGGGUGAACGGUGGGAAGAAAAAGCAAAACUGUGCCUUCAAGCAAGGUAAGAAACAUACAUGUGACUUAUACCCUGCAUCUUUAAAACGAAAGAAAAGGUCGUUUGGAAUCUAACGAAAAAAACAAGCAGACCUAUAAACAUUUAUAAACUAGGUGACGUAAACAUUGAAGAGAGUUUUGGAGGGGGAAAAGAGGAAGACUUGGGAUAAGUAAUAUAGCUGUAUUUUAGUAAUUUUGUUUUAGAAGCUUUAGAGUAGGAGCUGCUUGUAAGGUCUCUCCUGAUUGGUCGCAGGAAACAAUGUCAUGUCAUUCUUCCAAUUGUUUUAGUAUUGUCUGGGGUUAGGGGAACGUAAAAUUGGUGACUUCUCUUCCGAGCAGCUGCUACAUAAACCCCAGUUGUCCUAAAAGUGUGAAAAAAUGCUAUCUACAGAGUGAAUGACUCUUCCUGGACAAAAGUAAACAUCAACAGCUCACAUUUUCUGAACAUGGUGAUUACUGUGGACAAUAAUAUACUCAUUGUAAAUUACUGUAUUGUUUUAUAACAGGCCGCGUCACGUGAUGGCUACAGUGGAGGCAAUCAUACAAGAGGCAUCUCGUGUGCCUUUGUACCUACCAAAUGUAAGCGCCCUCAAAGAAGCUCUGCGUAAGGCUCGUGAGUGGUCUGACAAGGUCGAUCAGGUUCAGGUAAGAUAGGCUUGUCCACUCCUGAGAUUCAUACCACGUUAGAAAAUAUCUCAACAGAAAACACAGCGUUUUGUUCUUUAGUUUUUGACACAACUGUAAAGUCAAGUAGUUUAAAAACCUCUUAGAACGCCUCUCUUCUUGGAAGCUUUUUGGAGAGAAUUUGGAGAUUUCAAGUUUUGAAUUCAUUCACAAGAAAUACAAGAAGUACUCGAAAGCUAAGGGUGCGGUGUUCGUUCUUAACCGAGUUGUAGUCAUCGUAACCUGCUUUAUGGUGUACUUCUAGAAUGACAAUUACUAUCCUUACCUUGACGUGCUGGAGUCGUUAGUGAUGCGAGGGAGGCCCAUUCCUGUACGUCUGGAACAGCUCCCACAGAUGGAGUCCCAAGUGGCAGCUGCGCGCGCCUGGAGGGACCGCGCGGCAAGGACAUUUCUCAAAAAGAACUCGACAGCUACACUGCUGGAGGCAAGUCAUACUCUAACUCAUCUUUUGAUAACCUUUAGGAAAAACAUAUUUGUCGAAGGAUAGUUGGCGAGAAAAUUCAUUCCUUUUUUUGUUUCUUUUACAGAUCUUGUCUCCUCGCACAGACGUGGGUUUAUACAAGGCAUGCCCAAAACCACGCAAGAAGCGCGAGAAGGAAAAAGAAAAGGAGAAAGAGAAGGAAAAAGAGGUGAUAAUCGAUCUUGUUGCGUUAGACGAGUACAUCGGCAGAGACCCUGCCUUGCAAAUCGCUGAGUUUAGAGAGACUGAGAGAAAAGAAAUGGAGACAAUGCGACACUUGCGUGAAGCUAAUAUACAGCGACAAAAGGAAGAGGACAAUAAACGCAAACUGGGAGAAAGCCUGGACGGGCAGUACUGUAUAUGUCGGCGGGGACCAGACGGGUUUAUGCUGCAGUGUGAGCUGUGUAAAGAGUGGUAUCAUGGCUCCUGUGUGCCGCUACCACGAACCCAGGGUGGGAAAUCCAUGGGCAAAGGCUCAGCGGCGUUGGAAGCAGCAAAAGAGCUGAAGUAUCUCUGCCCGCUUUGCUUAAGAUCCAGAAGACCGCGUCUGGAGACUAUCCUGUCUCUGUUGGUGUCGUUACAAAAACUGCCCGUGCGUCUCCCCGAAGGGGAAGCACUGCAGUUUCUCACUGAAAGAGCAAUGAACUGGCAGGAUCGCGCGCGGCAGUUUCUUGCUGACGAGGAUGUUGUGUCUUUGCUGACUUUUCUUAGUAGAACUUCCACCAGCUGGCCUCAAGGAGUUAGUGCUGAAAACUUGUCUGCGUCAGCUGCGCUACUGCGGCUCGCCCAAGGAGGCCUUCAGAAUGACGACUCGGAGAAGGCCGCCGCAUCAAGUGAUGUCUCUGUCACUGACGAAGGGAGUACAAGUGCAGCCGAAGCUAGACCGGCUUUUUCGGAGGAGAAGCGAGCACGAGCCGAAACACUGAUGAUGGAGGGUGAUUUACUGGAGGUGACACUUGACGAAACUGAACAACUGUGGAAAGUGUUACUAAGUCAGAAGACCCGUGAAGAACAAGAAACACAGGUACAAAAAUAACAUAAUUGUCUUUUAUUUCUUUAGAAUGUGAACUCCUAAGCGGAAGUAACAGCACAUUAUCGCACCUGCUAAAGAAGUGUGAGUUUGUGCGUUCUGCGGCCAGUUUAAUCGCGCCCUCGAAACUCAAGAGGCUCAUUACUUGGUUUAAUGAAAACAAAACGCCAAAACAGUCGGUAGAGGGUUAUCUACAAGUUAUUGGUGUAGUCCGCAGCCUUUGCUUUUUCAUCCCAGUCGCUUUCAUGAAUAAUCCUAUUUUUCGAGCAGUGUUGUGGUAAGGAACGCUUUGUAAAAAAAUUAUUGCAUGUAUGUGACGAAUGACACUCAAGACUAUGUUUUUCCUCUAAUGUCGGUGCCGAAAAACUACAACACACUAACCAAUCACUAUACCAGCAGCUAUUAAAUCAAAGAAAACCUAAUUGGUUGAUAAAAAUUUGCUAGAUUAUUUAGUCAAGCACAGCGCUUCGUUCGUAUUAAAUAUUUGCUUCCAUACUUAAUUGAAAACCCUUCAAUGAUAUUUUCAAAUUUUUGCAGCUUUUUGAGGCGAAAUCCGACAAAGAAAAGGUGAAGAGAAAGCGCAAAAAGAAAGACGACGACGAAAAGGACAAAGACAAGACAACAAAAAAACUGUCAAGUAACAGUUCUGCUUCCAACACGACAAGUGAAACGGAGAUAACAAAGAAACGACGGCGGAAGGAUAAAGAAAAAGGAAAAGAAAAAGCGGUCAAGGUGAAACAGGAAGAAAUAGUUGAUGUUGAAGAGGAUGAUGACGAUGAUGAUGACGACGAGCUCUGCGCGGCCGGCAAAUGUACAAGACCCCAAGGAGACGAAGUUGGUUGGGUGCAGUGCGACGUCUGUGAAAAAUGGUACCACUUAGCAUGUGUGGGACUAAGCCCAGAGAAAGCCGAGGCUAUGGACUCUUAUAACUGUCAACAAUGUUUGAUUGGGGCGUCGUCAUCUACUAACGUGGCCGCGGGAGGGACACCCACUGCUGCCUCACCCGAGUCGGAAAAUAUUGAUGUUGAUGGGACCACACCCUCUGCCACUACCCCUACCUCCCCAAGCCCUCCUGUCUGCAUAGAUGAGGUUCAAGGCUCGGAGGCCGUGCAUUCGGAUAAAAACGUGGAGUCGACUGCGACAAAGGCAGUGCGUCCGGUAACCAUGAUCGAUUUGUGCUCAGAUACAGAAGAUAUGGACGCCGAGUAGGCGUUGUUUAGUGAGAACACGCGGAGACGAACAACAUGGAUAAAAAUGAUGGGUCGUGACCUGUUAGAACAGUUCAACUGAUUUCACUUUGUACUCUUUGUACUAUAGCCUCUUAACAAUGGAUACAAGAAUAUUUUUCGAGGAAUACAUUACAUGGCGCCCAGCUCACAUGCAGUUGUGCGUCUAUAUGCGAACAACAUUUUUUUAAAAAUGUGUAAUAUUGCUAUGGGAGACGAGUUAUUCACUAGUUUUGGAUUGAGUGUGGUCGCAGAGCUAUCGUCCAAUUUGCUAGAAAUCCGCGUCUUUAACACAAAAUGAUUCUAGUAGCGUGCGUGAGUAACUAUCCUGGAAUUUGGUUGCUUCCUUGUGGAGUAUCUUUCUUUGCAAAUUCUUCUUAGCAGCUUGUAUGGAAGGAAUUGGGGUCGGGGAAAAGCCUGUGUGAACGAAAUGUGCCAUUACCCUCUUCGUUCUAUCGACAACCAUGCGGCCUCGUAGUAAGCCUCGAUCGAAAAGAUUCCGAGGCCGUUUAACCAAUUCAGGCUUUGAACGUGUACAAGCCAGCAUAUGAAUGAUAGUUCAGAGUUUCGGAACAACUCGUAUGCUAUUUUAACUAUCGCUCGAAAAAUGAAGAAUAUUUCAGAUGAUUCACGAAUUUUGCAAGACCGCGUUUCUAUGAAAUCUUGAUGAUUUUCUCCUCCUCUUUGGUCAAACCGUUUAACUUUACUCCAGAUUUCAUAAAAUUGCUCCCAAGAUCAAAGUUGCAGUGUACUAUUGCUCUCUUCCAGCCUACUAGUGGAGUGACUAGUAGCCCGUGAAUCAUAAAAUCAGAAUAUAAUUUUUUUCAUGCUUUAAGGGUUUAGACAGUUUUUUUCUUUUCUCAUGAUUUACCUUUGUGAAAAACGGGAUACUUUUUGGUUUCUAGCACGCUUCGAGGUGGAAAGUUACUGUGAAC